CCCCCAGCGUCAUGCUGCCCUCAUUGUACUACCUGGUGCCGGUCCUGGGGGGCUACGCCGCCACCUCCUAUUACCUCCUGAAGAACCCUCACAUUCUGCACAGGAGGAAGAGGCUGCCCUUUUAUUGCCGCCACAUCUCCCACCGAGGAGGAGCCGGGGAGAGGAUCGAGAACACCAUCGCAGCGUUUGACAAUGCCGUGGCCAAUCACACGGACCUCUUGGAGAUGGACCUUCACCUGACGAAGGACGGGCACGUUGUGGUGUCACAUGACGGCAGCCUGCUGCGGCAAACGGGGCACGACGUCAACAUAUGUGAUGUCAAUUACGAGGAUCUUCCACAGUAUAAGGAGACUCUGGAGGUGACCUUCCUACCAGGUCACAUGUCAUCGGGAAAUGACCGCCAAAUCCCGCAGCUGGAGGAAGUGUUCCAGAGAUACCCCGAGAUGCCCAUCAAUAUAGAGAUAAAGACAGACUGUGACGAGCUGAUUAAGAAGGUGUCAGAUCUGGUGAACAAGUAUCAGCGGACAGAGAGGACCAUCUGGGCCAGCACCAGCAAUCCGGUCAUGAAGAAAUGUCGGAAGGAGAACCCAGACAUGCCUUUCAUGUUCACACCCCGCCGAGGGAUCAUCCUCCUCCUCCUCUACUACACUGGCCUCCUUCCCUUUGUGCCGAUCCCAGAGUCCGUGGUGGAAAUCUACAUGCCGUCCAUUAUAAACAGGACGUACUUCCCCCACAAUCAGCUCAUGAGGAACCGGUUCCUGGUCCGCCUGCAGGACAAAAUAAUGAUGAGGAAAGGUCUCUUCCGGCACCUGCAGGCUCGGGGCAUUCAGGUCUACCUCUGGGUGCUGAACCAGGAGUCCGAUUUCCAGCGAGCCUUCAAGUGUGGGGCCACCGGCGUCAUGACAGACUACCCCUCCCAACUGCACCGCUUUCUGCAGCAAUACGAAGGGGAGCAGAGGGCCCGGGGCCCGGAACCUCAAGAGCCUGCAGAAGAGGAAGAGCAGCAGCAUCGAUACUGAAGGACACAAUGCUGCC